UUUAAUGAAAGUUAGAGACAUAUAUAUUGAACUAAUCAUAUUUAUUCUAUUUACGAUAAUAAAUAUUUAUAAUAAUGACCAGUAAAAAACCAGAAGAUUUUUAUAAAAGAAAGUGGUAUUUAAAUAAAAAGAAAUCAACUAAAAACAAUAAGAAAAGCAAUCAAAAUACUGAAAAGAUACAAAAAUCUUUAAAUACUAUAGAGUCAAAUAAUGUAUUAAAUAUAUAUGACGCUUAUGUGAAUUUCAAUAUUCCUUAUUAUGGAUGGAAAUUAUUUUUUUGCGAUGAAGAAUAUGAAAGUAAUUCAGACACCGUUAAAAAAAUUCAAGCAAUUGAAGGCUUCAUAAGUAGGCAUCAUCGUUUGUCUUCUUUACUUUCAUUAGAAACUUUAGAAAAUGAAACAGUUUUUAUGAUCGACAUGUGUGAAAUACACAGUGACAUGAUUUUUUUAAACGAAUGGCCAGAUUUUCAGAAAAACUUAUAUGAGAACCCAAUACAUACGUUAAACUGUUUUAAACUUGCGAUGCAUCAGAAAAUAGUAGGUACAAUAUCUAAAGAAAAUUUGAAAACUUCUAUGAACAUUUUGAGUACGUUAUCUACUAUUAGAUUGAAAAUAUUAAAUUAUCAGCAACUUGUAUGUUUGCAAGACCUGAAAGCUAAUUCUUAUGGGAAGUUAAUAUCUGUUCGAGGUUGUGUAAUAAGAGUAGGUCGUGUUAAACAUCUUGCGGAUUGGAUUGUAUUUGUUUGUCGUAAAUGUAAUUUACAAAAAAUAACAAAACAGCCACAAGGAAUUUAUACAAUCCCCAAAAAAUGUAAUACAUGUGGUAUAUCUAAAUUUAGACCUGUAUUAGAUUCGGCACAAGUGAAAAGUGUUUCCUUUCAGACGAUUAAAAUACAAGAACUUCUGAAUGAUGAACAGAAUAAUAAAGGUAGCAUGCCUAGAGUACUCGAUGUUGAAUUAAUGGAUGAUUUAGUUAAUAAUUGUAUGCCUGGAGAUGAUAUUACUCUAACAGGAAUUAUAAAGGGGACUAAUAACACUAAAAUGCGUAAUAAGAUUUUAUUUUCUUUGUACAUGGAAGCCAUCACCAUAAUUAAUAAUAAACAGAGAUUUCAAGCUAAAAACAUUGUGGACAAUGAAAUGUCAAUAAAGGAUUAUUUAGCAAUAAAGGAAGUAUAUAAUACACCAAAUAUUUUUCCAUUACUGGUACAUUCACUUUGUCCAAGUAUAUAUGGCCAUGAAAUGAUUAAAGCUGGACUCAUGUUAAGCUUAUUUGGUGGGAAUGCAGAACAUUUAGAAUUACGAGAUAAUAUUCAUACAUUAGUAGUUGGUGAUCCUGGUCUUGGAAAAUCGCAAAUGUUACAAGCAUGUGCGAGAAUUGCUACAAAAGGUGUAUACGUAUGUGGAAAUUCAAGCACAUCUUCUGGAUUGACAAUAACGCUUACAAAAGAAACUAAAACUAAUAAUUUUGCUUUAGAGCCAGGUGCAUUAGUUUUGGCAGAUAGAGGCUGCUGUUGUAUCGAUGAAUUUGAUAAAAUGUCUAAACAACAUGCGGCUUUAUUAGAAUCUAUGGAACAACAAUGUGUAAGUGUUGCAAAAUCAGGAAUAAUUUGUUCUCUUCCAACAAGGACUACAAUUCUUGCAGCUGCUAAUCCAAUUAAUGGUCGAUUUAAUAAAAGUAAAAACGUACUGCAUAAUUUGAAGAUGAGUCCACCUCUUUUAUCACGUUUUGAUUUAGUAUUUUUAUUAUUAGAUGAGCCAAAUAAGCAUAUAGAUGAUUUAUUGUGUAAACAUGUUAUGUCAAUCCAUAACGGUUCAAGUACAAUUAAUAAAACACAGACAAAUACAUCUCAACACACAGAUUUAUCAAAUGCAGUUAUAUCUUCAUUAAGGGACAGGCUUACAUCUUCUAUAACUGAAAACAUUAAUGCCAUUCCACAAUCAGUCCUGCGAAAAUACAUUUCAUAUGCACGACAGUAUGUCAAGCCAAAGUUGACUAAAGAAGCAGCUGCAAUAUUACAAAAUUAUUAUUUAGAACUUCGCAGUAAAAAUGAUAAAUUUAGUGGUUUGUCUGUUUAUAAUAGACAAUUAGAAGCAAUGAUAAGAUUAACCGAGGCUAGAGCAAAGUUGGAGUUACGCACACAAGCGACUGAAUCAGAUGCUUCAGAUGUAAUAGAAAUUUUACAAUAUGCAUUUAAUAAUACUGUUAAUAGUAAGCAGUCACAAACUAAUAAGAAAGUAACUGACAGAAAAGUUAAAGAAUUUAUACAAUUAUUACGAAAAGAAACAUUUUUUGAUAACAAAAAAACAUAUUCUACAAAAAGAUUACGUGAAAUUGCAAUUGAUGGAAAAAUUAUGGUGGACGAUUUUUCUCAGUUGGUUUCAAAAUUAAAUGACAAUGGGAUUUUAUUAAAAACUGGAAGUAACACUUUCAAAUUUAUUCCGGACUAAUAAUAUUCUAAUUUUUAUCUAUACGUACAUUUACUGUAAUUUAAAAGAAGAAAUAUAUGUUAUUUUAAGAUUAAUAAUUAAUUUAAGAACGUUAUAAUAUAUGUUAAUUUAAUUUUCUAUACAUACAAACUACAAUUUAUUAAAAUUAUAUAUUUUAUAGAUUAUUUUUUGUUUAUUUCGAGUUUUACUGUAUUUUGCAUAAUUAUGAUAAGAUCAUUUCAUAUUAUUUAUAACAUUAUAUAAUGUAAAUUUCUAUUAAAA